AGUCCGUUAGUCAAAGCGCAGAAGAGACGCAGCGAAGAGAUGCUUUCCACCUGAUCAAAGCGCUUCAGUUUUUUUUUGUUGUUGAUCGAUUUGAGAUAGAGAGACAUUUGGAGACGCACGAGAGAAAAAAAAGAAAACCAAAAAAGUUCAGAGUCGAACACUUUGGCUAGAAGAAAGGAAAACCUAAGGCUGAAGUCUCUGGAGAGGAACGCAGCCUUUCCAAACAUCCCUCAACAGGUGCGCAGAUCUAUCUGAGGAAUAAAAGAGAUGGCCUCCGCGGCUCUGGAGAUCCUGGGUCUGAUCCUGUGCGUCUUUGGCACGCUCUUGGAGAUGACCGCCUGCGGGCUACCCACCUGGAAGGUGACCGCCUUCAUCGAGGCCAACAUCGUGGUGGCGCAGACCAUCUGGGACGGCCUGUGGAUGUCGUGCGCCGUGCAGAGCACCGGCCAGAUGCAGUGCAAGAUUCACGACUCCAUGCUCGCGCUCAGCCACGACCUCCAAGCCGCGCGUGCGCUCACGGUCAUCUCGUCCGUCCUGUGCGUCGUGGGGCUGAUGGUGGUGAUCGCCGGCGCGCAGUGCACCAACUGCAUCCAGACGGAGAGCGUCAAGGCGCGCGUGGUGAACGUCGGAGGCGUCAUCUACAUCGUCGGCGCCGUCUUCGUGCUCGUGCCUCUGUGCUGGAUGGCCAACAACAUCAUCUCCGACUUCUACAACCCUCAGGUUCCGGCGGCCCAGAAGCGGGAGAUCGGCGCGGCGCUCUACAUCGGCUGGGCGGCCACCGCGCUGCUGCUGCUCGGGGGAAGCAUGCUCUGCUGCUCGUGUCCCUCCUCUGGAAGCUCCGGCUACUCGGCCAAAUAUGCGCCCACCAAAAGAGCAACAUCCAACGGGGACUAUGACAAGAGGAAUUACGUUUAGACGCUGGUUUACACAUGCUGUUCUGUGCGUUCUCGAGUGUUGCACCUGCAGAUGUUUCGGGUUUUCCUUUUUUUUAAGCAUCUUGGACUACUGACUGGAUCCAUUUUUUUUAUUUAACGCGAAACUUUUGAGGAUAGCCUAUGCGUUUCUGAAAGGUGGACGUUUUAUAAUAACUUUCAGCAAUAGUGACAAACAUCAUGCAGUGCUUAACAGAUCAUCGCAAUGCUUUGAAAUAGUCCAGAAUCGUUCAUUUGUACAAUAUUCAUAUUUUAAUGUGCAUUAACUAAUUAAACAGUAUAUCAUUUUUAUAUAUGCCUG